ACACAUACAAUCUAUCAGCGGACUAGGGCGCGAGUCAUCAGAUACGGAAGAACUACAUUACCCAGAAGUCUUUCAAAUUCCUCCCCUGAUGGAUACUGGGAACAGUAGUCUCAAGGAGAGAGAGAGAGAAAAAGCUGUUUUAAUUUUCCAAAGGACGUUGGAGGCUCUAUAUAUAAAAAAAGAGAGAGAGCGAAUACUACAACUCCCAACAGCCUCUGCAAAAGAAACGCUUCAGGAGUGUGGCCUGAACCAGGGAUUACACUGACACUAAAAAUCUCCAUGGGGGCUGGCUAGGAUGCUUUCCAGGCCUUAUGCAAGAAUGAAGUGGGUGUUUGCCGGCGGUACAGUGUAAGGGAAGAGACAUAACUCCAAGUCGUGGGAGUUCAAGGCAGAGUACAUGGCUCACUUCCUUCUUAGUUUACCCACCACCACCACUACAGCUCAAGGCUGUUGCAAUGGAUGUACGCAGGCUUUAUCUGGAUAAUUAUCUAGCGUACUAAGAACUUUUCAGUGGGCAGAGGUUUAUUGCAGAAGACGUCCUUGAAGCAAAGUGCCAUGAUGUGAUGCCAGGGAUAUUCUCCAGCUUGUGUGGAAAAGAUACAGCCAAGCGGGGAAGCUGCAACGAACUUCUCGGAGGCCACAAUGAAUUCUUUGGAAGGCAACAGCUUGGCCGAACAGUUUCUCAACAUCGAGCGAGAGCAGAUGAUCCGCCUGAAAGACCUCACCUUCCCCAAACCUGUUCAGUAUGUCUACAGGCCUCUGGAUUAUGCCUGGGAGCCCCACCAAGACUAUGUGCGCCGAUAUUGCCAGGCACCCAAAGAGGUGCUGUUUCUUGGCAUGAACCCUGGGCCUUUCGGCAUGGCUCAGACUGGGGUGCCGUUUGGAGCUGUGGCGCCUGUCCGAGACUGGCUCCAGGUACAUGGGCAGGUGUCUCAGCCAGACUGUGAGCACCCCAAGAGACCCAUCCGGGGCCUGGAGUGCCCCCAGACAGAAGUGAGCGGUGCCCGCUUCUGGGGAUUCUUUCGCUCGGUGAGCACCAGGCCCGAGGUGUUCUUCCGUCACUGUUUUGUGCACAACCACUGCCCUCUGCUCUUUGUCAGUGAAAGCGGGCGCAACCUGACCCUGGCUGACUUGCCUGCUGCCCAGCGUGAACAGCUCCUGCAGGUCUGUGACGACUCUCUGUGUGAAGCUGUGAAGCUCUUGGGUGUUAAAAUGGUCAUCGGUGUGGGACGUUUUGCUGAGCGGCGUGCUCGCAAGGCUCUGGCGGCUGCUGGCAACCCAGUGCGAGUGGAAGGCGUGAUGCAUCCGUCGCCUCGCAAUCCCCAGGCAAACAAGGGAUGCUGGGAUGCUGUCAUCAGAGCAAAAAUGGAUGAACUUGGUGUGAUGCCUCUCAUUACAGACUGAUCUAAGAUGCUGGAGGAGGGGGCCUCGGCUGGACCUCGCCUGUCCCUGGGUGUGAUAGGCCAGUAAGAGAGAAGCUUCAGAGCUUGGGUUAAGAAUAUACAAGGGUGCUUGAAAAGAUUCCUUUUUUGUGGGACUACAGCUGCCAGAAUGCUCCAGUCAGCAUGGUCUGCUGACUGAGAUUUUAAGAGCAGCAGUCUCAAAAAGGAACUUUUCCAACUAUUCAUAUGUGUUGACACUACCUCCGCUUUUCACACUACUCUUUGUUUGAACUCUGGAGAUUGGCUCGCAGUCAGUUUCUGCAAGUUCCUCUGGAGCCCAAAGGCUGGAUUUUUCUUAGGAUUUGGUCUGAGCACCAUAUUUAAUGAAUUCAAGCAAUCGAUCUCAGCAUGUUUUGAUGUGAAACCUCGUUGGGGGCAAUGCCUGGCAGCUUCUGCAGGAGCUGCUGCCUAGUGGAAGGCCUGGAGAACCUGCUGAAUUCUCCACAGUCAAAUCACAGUAGAUGCCAAAACCGGAGUUCUGGGCAAGGCUGUUCAAGCUGGGUGUUUGCAAACUAUUUUCUUUUGUUGGGGGAGUGUGAAGGUGUUGGAAUAUUGCAACCUGCAUAUGAUGCCUUUAAGGAGAUUUUAGCUGGGAGGGGCUUCUAUGGACUGGGUUGAUAUUGGUCACAGCCUCUCUACCUCACAUUCUUUUUCCCACCUUCUCCACACACACACACACACACACCAUGCCUGUCAGGGUUCUUUCAGUGUUUGCCAUUGAGUCAGAAGUGGAGAGUUGGAGUGAAGGGUCUUGUCAUCUAUAUAAGCAGCAAGUUAGUCAGUAAUGAAGCUAGUUAACCAAUUAAGCUCAAUGAUGUAACAAGUUAAC